GAGCCGGGCGCCGAGGUGCUGCUGUCGCUGGACUGGGAGCGCCGCUUCGACCACAUGCAGCAGCAUUCAGGACAGCAUCUCAUCACCGCCAUCGCAGAGCAGAUGUUCGGCUUCAAGACAACUUCCUGGGAGCUGGGCCGCCAGCGAAGUGUCAUCGAGCUGGACACCCCCUCCAUGACAGCAGAGCAAACAGAGGCCCUGGAGAGGAGCGUGAACGAGAAAAUCCGGGAGAGGGUACCCGUGGUGGUGAGGGAACUGGCUGCAGACGACCCUGAAAUUGAAACAGUGAGGAGCCGCGGUUUGCCCGAUGACCACGUGGGGCCAGUGCGGGUUGUCGACAUCCAAGGCGUGGACUCCAACAUGUGCUGUGGGACUCACGUCUCCAACCUGAGUGACCUGCAGGUUAUUAAACUCCUUGGCACAGAAAAAGGGAAAAAGAACAAAACCAACUUGGUUUUCCUGGCAGGAAGCCGAGUGCUGAAGUCAAUCGAACAAAGUCACAGCACUGAGAAGGCUCUGACCUCGCUGCUCAAAAACGGGCCAGGUGAGCACGUGGAGGCGGUGAAGAGGCUGCAGAGCUCCGUCAAGCUGCUCCAGAAGAACAACUUGAACCUGCUCAGGGACAUGGCGGUUCUGAUAGCCCGGGACUUCAAGAGCCAACCUGUUCCGAGCCAGCUGUUUGUUCUACACAGGAAGGAGGGUGACUCUGAAUUUAUGAACAUCAUCGCCAAUGAGAUCGGGACAGAGGAAACCCUGCUGUUCCUGACCGUGGGGGAUGACAGAGAAGCGGGACUCUUUCUUCUGGCUGGACCUGUUGACGCAGUUGAGAGUUUAGGUCCCAGGGUGGCAGAGCUGCUGGGAGGCAGAGGAGCUGGGAAGCGAGGCCGCUUUCAGGGCAAGGCCGCCCAGAUGAGUCGGCGAGGAGAAGUGCAAGCGCUGCUCCAGGAAUUCGUCAGCCGUCGGAGCCCUGAGGCAUAA